AGCUGUUUAUGCGCAGGUCUUGUCCGCCACUGGUGUGUCGCUCCAUGUGUAUUUCCCUCGUGCCCAAGCAUGCAGGGGAAUCCAACUUUUCAGAGAUUCGUGCCCUCAGUCUGUUGGUUGGCGCAUCCAAGUGGUAUAUGUCUAUACUUACUAUCCUCGGGGCCCUGCGCUUGAGAUCGAGCUGCCGCUCUGGUUGCAUGCUCUUCGGAUUCUGUGGUGAACGCAAGGUCGACGAGGUCACGCCCAUUGUGAAGAGGGUGCCUCAGCAUAGUACCGUGUUAGGUAAGUCUCACUGCGCCUGUACUUGAUUUCCUGCGUGCUUUUGAACGUCUGACUGUGGCUAAUCUGUCGAAGCCCAUGGAUCGGCUGAACUUUCCACCAGGGCUUGCCUACGCCAUGCUGGAGGCGCAGGCAAACUGCAAGGCGGAUUUUCAUUUUCAGGGCGUUGAGGUGUGUGGUGCGCCCUGGGACAGAUGUGUGCGUGCUGGCAGUGUUGAGGCCCCUUUGGGUUGGAUAUGUGAAUUUAUAGUUCGGUUUGGCGACUUGUGUCAGUCUUGGUAUCGUGAGGGGGUCGGUAUUCCACUGACUGCGCAGACGGGGUACAGGACGUUCUCCCACGCGCUGUGGGCGUACAACGUCAUCCUCGGCUCCAUGAGUAUUGAACGGUUACGUGCCAUGAUUCAUGACAUGUCUGUUGCGUUGUAUUCGCGGUGUUAUUCUUGGAAACCGAGGUCGUUGCAGUAUUUCUUUGUCGGGUUUCAGAUGCCGAUGUCGGCCCCCCUGGAGGUGACAUUCAGGGUGCCUCUCGAUGCACUAUCGGAUCAGGUGAAGCGCCGACGGGUCGACGAGGUGUGCUCUACUUUGGUUUCACUGCAGCAGGUUCCUCAGAUUACCAUUAGGGGGCUGUCAUUCACGGUGAGAUGAAGACGCAUUUUGAUGUGGAACAUCGGAUCAAGUGCGGGGAGGUGGUACUCUUGUCGGACAAUCGAUGCUUUUGCUGCCGCGGUACUCCUAUCAUCCGGCGCUUGCGACGGUACGGCUGCAGAGUGCGAAGCAAGAUCCUCCUCGGUGUUGAGGGUAUGACCGCGGAUGAGAGUAGCUUGGGGGCGUUGCGCAGAUGUGGAGGAAACCUGCUAGCUUAGAUGAUGAGGAAACGCGAGGGUCCAGAGGAGGACUGGACCACCUUCAUGCGCAUAUUGUAUCGUCAGGCGCGUGCUGCACUGAAGGCGGCGGGCGUGCCGUCCUUGCCCCAGCUUUUCCUGUUUCGCCAGUAGUCCUUGGCCAAGGAUGUUUGUACAGCGGCGCAGCGUUGUUUUCAAAACGUGCCGACCACCGCCACGGCGCAGCCGCAUAUGGAUGCAUCCCAAUAGGAAUUUGCGGUUACUUUCACGGUGGCCGCAGUUCGGAAGGCUGUGGCGGAGGCUGGUUUCUUGAUUUGUUUGUGCAACCUUCACUUCCU